UAAUCCAUACCCCAGUGCGGGUUUAAGGCAGCUAUGCCAGUGUAGAGGGCUUGACUUCAAGCCGCGUCCUCCUCCUGGCACCCCCUUGGCUCGCUCUGGGUCCGCCUGCCCGCGCCGGCAGCCGGGGCGCUGCUGCCGAAGACACAGCACUAUGUCACUGGCAUCCUGGUUCAGGUGGAAUGAGCCCCCAAAUCGCAUUUCCCAGAGGAACCCCACAGAAAUGGUGGUUGAGACGCUAAUGAUGGAGCUGAGCUGGCAGAUCAAGCAGGCAGAGAAACAGCAGCGAGAGCGGGACAAUGAGUAUCGCAAGAUCAAGACUGGGGUGGACUACGGCUGGCUGGUCAGCUAUCCAAAGCAGAGCUAUGAUAUCAGCCCAGGAGAACGGCUGCAGCUGGAGGAUAUGUGUACCAAAAUACAUCCUUCCUACUGUGGGCCUGCCAUACUCAGAUUCCGGCAACUUGUUGCUGAAUAUGAACCAGAAGUGCAGGAAGUAUCCCGGCUCUUCCGCUCUGUCCUGCAGGAAGCUGCUGAGAAGAUCAAAGAGGAGGAAGAGGCCAAGAAGCUUGCCAGGCAAUGGAACACAAAGAACAAAACCAGCCUCUCCUUAACAACAUUUAAAUCUCGGUCCAGGAUUUCCCCAUUCAUCAGUGACAUCAAGACCAUCUCUGAGGAUGUGGAACGGGGCACCCAGCCCACCAGGAGGGUUUGGAGCAUGCCAGAAUUUCGGAAUGCCAAGGAUUACUGACUCCAUACUUAAUAAGGUUUUUAGACCGUGAUCUUUCAAAAUCCCAGUUAACACUUUUUUAGCUCUACUGUUUCUUCUUUGUUCCAGCUCUCUCUUCCUGCCUGUCUCUCUCUUGAAAGCUGUGUCCAUAGUAACUGCUGCUGAUGCCCACGGUGUGCGACGCAAUUUAUUAUCAAACGUGCUAGCCUUUCCUUUAAUUUAGUAGCUAUUCAGUAACCUUAAGGGCAAGGCUCACUUACUAUCUCAUUUUUAUUACUGCUUUCAUGUGGAAAAUGAAUUAGUUUUGUGAUGUCUGUCUCUUCCCUUUUCCCCCCAGCCUGGAUGUAGUUAUCUAUAAAAGCUUUUGGCCUAAGCUAGUGAGAGCUGGCUGGACCAAUCUUGCUGAAAGCAAGACAGCCACUUAUGUGAGUAAUGCUUGCAGGAUCAGACCUGUGAGUUAAAGCUAGUAUCUGAUUUGGAACCAAACUUCCUUUUCCAACUAAUAACCUUCCUCAGUGCUACAAGAAACUUCACAGGUAACCUCAGCACAGGUCUUGAUCAGCAUUCUGCUGACAAUUCACAAUCCAACCUGAGUAGAAACAGACCCAAGUUUUUUGAGCUGAAAGACCAGUAUUAUUCCACAGCAACCAGUUUAUGCAUGCUCAUGUUUCUUGGGUGUUUUCUCUUUGGUGCAGGCAGAACCCCCUGAACCUUGCACCUGCAGAGCAGAUAGAAAUUAACAACCUGUCGUGUAGAUACACAAGCACAUACAUCAGUGCUGUGUCAAAUGCUGUUCUUGGUCCUCAGUGUUUUGUGGUGCUGAGGUAAGUGCCCCACUCCACAUCCCAGUAAGAAGUCAGAGGGCUGAAAUUAAUGUUUAUGGCUAAGUCUGAAAGAGUACUGUAGUAUCAAUGUACAGAGAAGGGUAAAGGGAAUCAGCAUUCAUAUACUGGGCCCUUUGUACAGCUGCAAUAGUGGAGAUCAUUUUAACAGGCUGCUGCUGUGAGUGACUGAAGGGCUCUGGUAGAUGAAGGUUUGUUCUCUCAGUCUUCUCCCAUUAGUGCUCAGACAAGAGCUUUCCGGUAUCACAGGCUGUUGAGCGGUGAGUUGAUACUGUUACAAAAGAAUCUUCAGUGCAGACUGAGUAGCUUGUAGGCCAGUAUGGUUCUACUGAGACCUUGAAGAAACAGGAAAGUGCUGCUGAGGAAAAGCUACUAGGGCCCUAACUUAGCAUCUGCAGGGAAAGCUCUCACCAGCAUAGAAAGAGAAUGGCAUGAUGUGAAAGUCAUGGGUCCCACAGAGAAGCCAAGGGCUAGGAUGUUUUGUGGUGACCAACAGGAGAUGGGGAAGGAAGUGAGGGAUUUCCCUGUAUCACUGGAUUUUGGGGAAUCAUCCCAGUGGGGUACAGCUUCCUGGAAGACCCUGUAGCUUUGUUGUUCUUUUGUCCAUUUCCAACUCUUUUCCCUGGAGAUCUUUGCAGCAGCAUGUGGGUACUACAGCCAAGAUAAAACCCUUUGAAGCUGUGCCAACUCUGGGAAGAAUUCCAGUACAUGAAAUUUAUCCUAGAGUAGAAAUAUGCAGUUUCUUCCAGAGAUGGGGGAGGGCAGCAUAAAACAAAGAUCAAGAUCAAACCCUUAAGAGAUUUCUAAGACUCUGGGAUUCUGGCUCUUCCUCUCUCCCCUCUGGGCUAUCUAAGAUUGAAGACAAGGCUUUCUUACUAGCACCAGGCUGUAGUUUCUAGUCUCUUGGUAAACACUGCUGCCAGCAACUCACCUAGGGACAGAAAGCAGAAGCUCAUUUUUAAUCAAAAACUCAGGGCUUCCAAAUACAGCAUCCACUUUGGGACAGACUAUUUCAACUCUAGGUCAGUGAGGGAGAGUUUAAAGCCUUCUGACAAUCAGCUUGGUGUUUUUCAGCUGUAUGUCCUUGUGAAGUACUGUGAUUGUGUAUAUGAAGUAAAAAUAAAAGCUUGGCAUACUUAGCAUAGCCUUAGCUGUCUAGAAGAUGUGGGAUCUCUAGCAAGUGAUCACCACAAUUUGCAGAAAAAGUAUCCUGUUUGGAAAAAAAAAAAAGUUAACCUUUUUUUUUAAUAGAUAUUAUGGUACUGAAGGCUGAGCAGAGUUCAUGAAUUUAAUGCUACAGCUCUGUAGUACUUUUAUUUGCACUCAUGUUCUAUUUGACACCUUCAGUAUUGACUGUAUUGAUGCAAUAUCUGAUGGACUGCUGGGAGAGACGGGACAUUCUGACACACUGACAUAAAGCUCUUUGUUACAGUACAGUGUCUGUAAUGUGUUCAGUCUUUCUUAAGGAGAACCAGGAGUAAGUAACUUUCCCACACCAAUGUACAAAGCCAAGGAAAUCACCUGCAGGGUGUUCACAGCAGCCUGGGAUCAUACUGUGUUCUUCAUGAGCAACCUCCAGCUAGCAGAUACCAUUCUCGUUCAACAGCCAACAAAGGGAGAUAAAGCUGACCUUUGGUCAAAGCCAUGUACGCUAUGGAGGCCAGGCUGUGGCACUGCCUGCAACAGCUGUUUUGCCUCAACUUACCUAUCAUUUCUAUUUCCACAACAAAAUGUAAUCCAAACUUUUAAACAGUAUCAUUCUCCCUGUACUACUUCUGCAAGUUACACUGGGCUCACAGUAGUAUUUGACAAUAAAGGGAUAUUCAGACACCGGGCUAUGAGGUUUCUAUUCUUACUAAAUGCUGUCUAAUACUCUUAAAGGUAUAGAAGUAGUACCGUGUUUGCCUGGAGCCAGCUGGUUGGAGACUGACCUUCUGUGUGUGCACCAGCAGGUACAGAAGCAGAGCUGGGGAGGUGGUUAGGAUGCACGAACUGCUGCACUGUGCUUGUGGUGCUCAUUUUUCUUAGGAAUGCUGUAGACUGAACCAUAAAUAAUCCUUUGGUCACAGCAUGAGGGAACAACUAUCCACUCACGUUUGCCUUGUCCUAAUUCCACAUUUUCUGUAGCUAAAUUAGCAUUUUAGAUCGAAUGAGGUGCAUGCAACUCCUGAUUGUCCCCACUUACUGUGCCAUGUCCCCAUAGCACUGCGCAGGCACACUAGACUGCUUUUGGAUUAAGCUAACCCAAAUGAUCAUUACUGCUGGCUCAUGGACCAUACGCUGGACUAACACUGUCUGAAGUAAACCCUCAUGAAACUUGCAUAGUGUGAACGUCAGGUCCUCACCAACAACUGACUCUAGAUCUCUGCUCUUCCUGGGCUGUGCUAGUGUAGAAAAAAAAAAAAACCACAACCAAACAAAACAACAAACUCCACAAAACAUUUCUACACAGCUGUGAUGAGACUCUCUGAUCUGUUUUCAGCUUCUCCUGAGACCUAAGUCCAGUGUCUUAAUUCUCUAAGAAGAAUAAAAAGUGAAAUAGCAACACAACAUCAUUACCAAACAAACAAGUAAACUGAGCAAGAAUCAUUCUAAAUCCUCAAUCAUUCUCUCAGAACUCAGCAAGGAUUUUGGUAUCAGCUCAGAGCGUUGCUCUUGCCCUGUUGCUGGUAGUGUUAUGCUGUCCAAAGGACAUUGUUACACCAAGGAAAAAGCAGUCCUAGACUCACUAUACACUCUAAUAAGUAAUGGCAAGACCUCUAUAGUAGCUCAGCUGCACCACUCAAGCUUCAAGGAGCUAACACUCCUCAGUCACUGCUUACACCUGAGGGAGACUGUACAGCCCUGCUUCUACGGCAUCUGUAGUCGAGCCUGGCCCCCAGGCUGUGGUAGCCGGCAGAGGUGUGCAGGUGAGGCUCCUCACCCCUAUCAGCAUAUAGUUCAGACAGCUAUCAUGCCGUGGGGAACUGGAGUAAGCUUCGCAGGAAAUACCUGUCUGCUGAGAUUGCCCUGUUUAUACAUUUCAUCACUGAACCUCAGAAAAUUAAAGCAAAGCUGUGAAAUA